AUGCACCGGCGGCCGUUUGCGUCGUCGUCACGGACCGUCCAGCACGAGUCGUGGAGACGCACCUGGUGGGAGCUGUACAUUGUCGACGGCUACCUGACGGCGCUGCACCACAGGAGCAUCUUCCGGUCGGGCAGCAUCGGCGCGAAUGUGCUUUUGCCCUGUGAAGAGGAUGUCUAUGUGCGAGCAGCCGGCGGAGAGCGUCUUCCGCUCCCUCUUUCACUCGAUGACUUUGACGCGCGCCUGUUUUCCAGCUUCGACAGCGACUGCGACAAUGACAGUGACGGUGGCAGCAAGGACGUCGACACCAUGCACCGCGGUCGUUUCUCCUCGUUUGCCUACCGCAUCGACGCCGUCCGUCUCCUUGGCCGUGUUCUGGCCGUCACGCGAACAAGCCAGGCCCAAUUCCACAACCAGACCGAGACCCGGACCCGGACCCAGACCCAGACCCAGGCGCAAGACUCCUUCUCGUCCGUCGACAGCGCCCUCGCCGGCUGGCAACACCACCUGCACCCAUCCAAAACCGACGUCGUCCGUCUCGGCGUCGGCCGUGAUGGCAGCGCGAUUGACGAGAUGCUCUUCCAGGCCCACAUGCUCGUCCACUACGCCACCCUCGUCCUGCACUGCCCCCGCAGCGACCUCGUCGUCACCCUGCCGGCGGCCGCACGCAUCUCUUGUGGACAGGCGGAUGGGCUGGGUCCCGGGCCCGGUGCCGCCGCCCACGCCGCCCGCGCCACCCCUGCGUCCACAAGGCUGUCGGGUCUGGCUGCCCUCUGCGCCCCUGUCGUCCAGGAACACACCCCCUUUUUCGUCUGCGGCCUGCUCCUCGGCGCCACCGUCCAGCUCGCCGCCUGUGCGUCCCGCCCCGCCCUGCGCUGGCCCUUUCGCGACAGCAUCCUCCUCGCCAUUGGCGUCCUCAAGACGCUCGGCCGCACCUGGGCCCUCGCACACAAUGCACUGCGUCUACUUCGGGACGUCGCUGGCGAAGUCCUGCAACAGAGCGUCCACAGCAGCGACAGCAGCAGCGGCAGUGGUGGUGGUGGUGGUGGUGGUGGUGAUGGUGGCAUCCAUGCCGGUGUCAACAUCGCCAACAAUGUCCUUGGCAACGUUCAGGACUGGCCGGCACGGGCCAUGGUUGAUGCCCGCACUGCCACGUCGGGGGACGGCGAUGCAGCAGUCGCUGCCUUUUCGGACCUUGUUCCGUCGCCCGGGUUCUUGCAGACGCCGAAUCGACUCGACAGCCUAAAUCAGAUGGACCAGCUCGAGCAAUGGACGUUACCUCUGAUGCUGCAGCUGAACGACCACCAGAGCUCCCAAUCGACGUCUUUGUGUUGA